CAACAUAUUAAUAUGCCACUUUCUAUUAACAUCUGCUUAUGACAGCUGCUAUCAUGUAAUCUUUAUUUGCUGAGUUUAAGAAUACACUAAUAAUUCCAUAUGGUUGAAGUUCCAAGAGAUUGGAAAGCUCCAAAAUUCACGAAAGAAGAUAAUCCGCACGGCCUUUUAGCUGAUAGUUCAUUUUCUAUAUUAUUUCCAAAGUAUAGAGAGCCAUAUAUUCGAGAAAACUGGCCAGCUAUUAAAAAGAUAUUACAUCAAUAUGAUAUUAAUGCCGAUUUUGACGUACUAGAAGGUACACUAAGUGUAACUACUUCAAAGAAAACAUGGGAUCCUUACAUUAUAAUAAAAGCUCGUGAUGUUUUAAAACUAUUAGCUCGUAGUGUGCCUUAUGAACAUGCUAUAAAAGUGUUAGAAGAUGAAAUUGUUUGUGAUGUUAUAAAGAUAGGAUCAUUGGUAAGAAAUAAAGAGAGAUUUGUUAAACGAAGAGAGAGAUUGAUUGGCACUAAUAGCUCAACAUUAAAGGCAUUAGAAUUAUUGACAAAUUGUUAUAUAAUGGUACAUGGAAACACAGUUUCAGUUAUAGGGUCGUAUGCUGGCAUUAAAGAGGUAAGAAAACUGGUGGAAGAUGCUAUGAAAAAUAUUCAUCCCAUAUAUAAUAUAAAAGCACUGAUGAUAAAAAAAGAGCUCAUGAAAGAUGAAAGGCUUCAAAACGAAAAUUGGGAGAGGUUUUUACCCAAGUUCAAGAAUAGCAAAAAAAACAAAAAGAACGCCAACGAUGACGCUAAUGAAAUUCCCGAAAAUAACGAUAAUUUUAAUGCGAAAGGGUCAAAACAAAACGAGGCAGAUAAAUCGACUAGCGACGGAACAGAGCAAAAGAAAUUUAAGAAAAAACGCAAAAAAUUUAAAGUCAAAAAGGAGUAUACACCGUUCCCUCCUCCCCCAGUGGAAAGCAAGAUGGAUAAAGAAAUCGAAACGGGUGAAUAUUUCCUCAAAGAAUCCAUAAAGAAACAUAAGGAGUUACUCGAUAAAAAAAAUAAACAGAAAUCGAUGGCCGAAAAGAAGUUGAAAAAGAAGAUGAAAGCUUUUGAACCUCCGAAAGAAAAUCAAAAAACGAAACGGAAAAUUAUAAAUGAAUCCGAAACAGAUAAAUACGCAAAAUUAAAGAAGAAAUUAAAACGCAAAGAAGAAUCAAUCUUUUAAAUAUUGUUUAUUAUGUAUGUGUACAUUAUAAUCUUUAUAAAUAUUGUGUAUUUAGUAUGUGCACAUUAUAAUCUUUAUAAAUAUUGUAUAUUUUUUGUAUAAAAGAAAUACUAAUUCGACUAACUUGUUUAAUGUCGUUUUCACAACAUGCUCAGAACAAUGAUGUAAAUAUACUAAAAGGUUCACGAUUCAAUCAUUAAUACAUCUAUCCAUACGUAGGAGUUAGCUGUAAGGCCAUUUUAUGGCUUGCAAUCCGAUUAAAUGACAUUAAUGUGUAAUCAUAUGAUAAAUUAGACAAUUAAUCGAAAUUUUUCAUAAAUAUCAU